CGAAUUUCUUCCCCAUCCCACGGCGCAAGAGCCGAUACCUUUCUUCGCCAUGUCUCUCGAAGAAAAGCUCGACAAGAUCCGAUCGCCAAAGCUGCAGAGUCAGAAACAGGUAUAUAUCAAACAUUUAAUAUCGCCAUGUUCCUGUGGAUGGAGCUGUGGAACUUCAUACUAAUUGAUCCCGCAGACACAGGUAGUUCUAGCUGCAGUAGGAGAGACCCUCAAAGAACAGAAAACCGACCCCUCCCCAACUGGUUAUUUUGCGGCUCUUCUUGCCCUUCUUAGACAGGCCGUAUCUACGACGGCCGUCAAUAAAGAAUUGGCCACUUCGGUCGUCUACCUUCUCGAUGUCGUUACGCCUUAUGCCCCGCAACCUCUCCUCCGCUCCAAAUUCUCCCAAAUCCUCGUCAAUCUCGCCCCAGCUUUGACAUAUGCCGAUGCCGAUGCCCCUCUACUUCGGCCUUCAAUUGGCUGUCUCGAAUCGCUACUCAUCGCGCAGGAUUCGGCAGCAUGGGAACUUUCGUACACUGAAAUAGGUCCUCGAAGGGCAAUUGCUGGAUUGUUAACUCUGGCAGUGGACCAUAGACCUAAGAUCAGGAAAAGAGCCCAAGAAGCUAUCGCAAAUGUUCUCAAGAACCCCCCACCAAGUCCGGCUUUGGAUCAUCCCGCCUCUGACAUGUGCGCUGAAAGUGCGCUCAAGAGUUUGACCGACCUAGCAUCCAGCGCGAACCAAGCCAAAAAGCAGAAGAAGGCCGGAGCAUCAGAAAACGAGCCGGGUUUAAUACACGCAUUACAACUGAUUAAGACCGUAGCUGCGGCAUCAAGAGGUUGGCCUAGCAAGAAAAUCGAGGCUUUGUGCGAGGUUUUGUUGGCAAUUUCAAAGUCAAGCAAUGAAUAUAUGGCAAUGGCAGCUUUCGAGAUUUUCGAGAUUAUUUUUGAAGGAAUGGCCAAAGAGACAUCGUCCUCCAAACUACCAAGGCUUCUCGAGGUCAUCUCAGAACUUCACCCUUCGCAAAACGAUUCUCAGCUUCUCCCGCCAUGGAUUGCAGUUAUUUCAAGAGGAUAUGAUGUUUCAGCCCAAAUUGAACCCGGGGAGACCUUUGCCAAACUCCCGGAACUCUUCAAUAUGAUUUCUUUGUUUUUGGCCUCUUCAUCACAUAACAUUCGAGUUUCUGCCUCAGAGUGUUUGAUCUCCUUCAUGGCAAAUUGCAUUCCAAAUUCGGUUCUCUUAGACCCUUCUAUCUAUGAUGAGAAGGUGCUAGCGAAGCUGUCCAAGGCGGCAGCUGCGCUUCUGAGUGUGAAAUACCAAGCGGCUUGGAUGGAAACUUUCAAUGUCCUUGGGGCAAUGUUUGAUGGCCUAAGAUGGCGAGCUGACCCAAUAAUGGUAGAUGUUGUGAGAACCUUGGGAGAACUUCGCGGAAACGACUCGUUUACCGGAAAGAAGGAGGCCGACGAAAUAAUCGGAAAAGCAAUUCGCGCCAUGGGACCAGAGAGCGUAUUGAACAUUCUUCCUCUCAAUCUAGCGAAGCCAGUGCCAGGACAACCUGGUCGAGCUUGGUUACUUCCUGUACUGCGCGAAUAUGUCAGCAACACCAAUCUGGCCCAUUUCAGAUCCGAAUUUGUUCCUCUGAGUGAAAUGAUGUUCCAACGAGUUAUCGACAAUGGGGAUGCUGAGAAGACGAUGGAAAUCAAGAUUUUCGAAACAUUAGUUCAGCAAAUUUGGGCACUGUUACCGGGUUACUGCGAUCUUCCACUAGAUCUUACUGAAUCUUUCGAUCAGACGUUUGCGGAACUGGCAUCAAAUCUUCUUUAUAAACAAGUUGAAUUGCGGCUCGAUAUCUGCAGGGCUUUACAAGCUUUGGUUGACACCAGCAAAUCAAUAUUGGCAAUUGAAGGUGAUGAGGAUCUUGUUUUGCAAUCUCGAGUAUCAAAGGCGGUCGCUAGAAAGAACAUUGAUCAUCUUGGAGGAUUCGCGAGUAACAUGCUUGCAGUUUUGUUCAAUGUUUACAGUCAAACCCUGCCACAGUAUAGAGGAUACAUUCUACAGUGUAUCAACUCAUAUUUGAGCAUAGCCCCUACUCAAGAGAUCAUGGAUACUUUCGAGCGGGUAACGACAAUGUUGCAAUCGUCUCUCGCGGAAGCUGGUGUACAAACUCAAGCAGAGAAGCAGAAGCAGAAAGAGCAAAAUGCCGCAGACAAAAUGCCACCAAUGAGCCACACACUCAUGGACUUGGUAAUCACCAUUGCAAUUUACCUUCCACGAGGCAGCUUCAGCACACUAUUUAACAUUGCAGCACUCAUAAUUAUUAUGGAUAGUGAUCCACAACUUCAAAAGAAAGCAUACAAACUCAUUCCACGUCUUGCCGAAUCUCCAAUGGGUCAACAAGCCCUAGCAGAGCGUAGCAGCGAGCUUCAACAAUUAUUGUUGAAUAGCGCCGAGAAGGUCUCUGCCCCUGCUCGAAAAGACCGUUUAGCUGCCAUUUCGACCCUCAUUCCAUUCUUACCAGACGACUCGCUGCAUUUCAUCCCUUCGAUUUUGUCAGAAGUUGUCAUCUCGUGUAAGGAAGUCAACGAGAAAGCCCGAACCACAGCAUUCGAUCUCCUUAUUCUUAUGGGAGAAAAGAUUGUCGCAGCUUCAGGCGCAACAAUUGAUACUAGCAAGGUACCAAACAUGCCAGCUGAUGCACCCAAAGUAACGGCAAAUCUCGUAGAGUACUUCACGAUGGUCAGUGCUGGUUUGGCAGGAGGGGCGUCGCAUAUGGUUUCCGCUUCCAUCACAGCUUUGACACGUAUUCUCUAUCAUUUCCGCGCAACACUUGAUUCAGCAACUCUCGCUGAAUUGGUUGAAACAAUGGAUAUCUUUCUUACUCACAAGAACCGAGAGAUUGUCCGUAGUGUUUUGGGUUUCGUCAAGGUUUGCGUUAUCAGUUUGUCGCAAGAGCUGAUGCUUCCUCGAUUACAAACUCUCAUUCCUAACUUAAUGAUUUGGAGUCACGAGCAUAAAGCUCACUUCAAGGCCAAAGUCAAGCAUAUCCUGGAACGCAUGAUCAGAAGAUUUGGAGCUGAUUUCGUCAACAAGUAUUGUCCGGAAGAAGAUCGAAAACUGAUUGCCAACAUCCGCAAAACUAGGGAGCGUAACAAGCGACAUAAGGAAGCGGCAAAAGCAGAAGGUGCUGAAGGAAGUGAUGAAGAUGGUGGAGCGGCGAAUGGCAAACGAAAGGGCCACUUUGAAAGCGAGUACGACGAGGCUGUUUAUGGUAGUGACGAUGAGUCGGAUGGUUCGGACGUUUCUGAUAAUGAAGUCCUCGGUAAGAAAAAGACGAGAGCUGCUAAGAAGACGGGCAACACCUAUAUCCACGAGGACGAGGACGAGCCUCUGGACCUUCUGGAUCGCAAAGCAUUGGCGAAUAUCUCCUCGACUAAACCUCUUAAGCAACGUACACCAGCGAGAACGAAGCCUAAGGUCGACUUGGAUGGAAAGCUUCUGUUUGGGGGUGAUAGUGAUGACGAUGCUAUGGUUCUUGAUACGCCCGCUGGAGGAGACGAGGAUGAAGGUGGUGUUGGAGCUUAUGUGAAGGCUAUCAAGGGCCGCGACGCCGUGCAGAGAGGUAGAGGUGGGAGACUGAAGUUCUCGAAUAAGAGGGAUAAGGAUGAGGACGAUGAGAUGGAUGUUGAUGAAGAUGAUGUCAAAGCUAUCAAAAAGAAAACUGGCGGUGACUCGAGAGGGAACUUCAGAGGUGACUCUAGAGGUGGACGGGGUCGUGGCGGACCUAGAGGUGGUAGCGGGAGGGGUGGAAUCGCAAAUGGGCGAAGGGGAUUAGGGGAAGAUAAGAGACAUGGAGCUUCUGGGGGUAGAGGAGGUAGUAGAGUUAUGAAGUCCCCUCGUGGAAGAGGUCGUAGGUAAAGGAUUAAGUAAAGGUGGUGGUAGAUUGAUGAUACCUGUUUUAUGUAUAUGGAUGGAUGUUGUCCAAACAGAUUUUCUAUGAGAGAUGCUGAUGGAGUUAUUUGGCGUAUAUCUUUG